AUGUCUGAAAAGUCCUACAAUUUAAAUAAUUUACAUAAUUAUGAAGAUAAACCAUUCAUUUAUGAACGAAAAACAUUAGAAAACGAAAGUAUUUAUAGCUAUAAAACAAUUGUACAAGAAACAACAAAAUGUAUACAAUAUUUCCAAAACUAUCAAGUAGAAAAUCAUGUAGGUAUUGCAAUCAAUAUUAAAGAACAUACAACUGCUUCAAUUAUUUUAUUAUUAAGCAUACUUAACCAUAAAUGUCGAUUUUAUUGCUUGGACUUGGAAGAAACAAAGGAUGUUGAUACUUAUUUGAGGUUAAGUGGGGUUAAGUAUGUAAUAUCUUCCAAAAUACUUAAGCCGGGGGAUAAUUCUAAAAUGCAAACAAAGAAGAUUCAAAUUUUAGAAGAUAUCUUCUAUUUGGAAUUAAUAAAAUCUGACGUUAUCUCUUUUAAAAAUGUGAGGUUAUGUUAUACUAUAGCCACUUCGGGUAGUACUGGUGUUCCCAAAAUGGUGCAUGUACCUUAUCAGUGCAUAGAACCUAAUAUUAAAGCCUUAAGUCGUUUGCUGAAUAUACAACAAAAUGAUGUUAUUUUUCUUGGCUCUCCCCCUACUUUUGAUCCGUUUGUUGUAGAAUUAUUCUUGGCUUUAGAAACGGGUUCAGCAAUAUUAAUAACUUCUAAAGAAAUUCGAUUUCAACCACAACAUUUACUUAAAGUAAUGUUUCCGGCGAAAUCAACAUUAAUGCCAGGAGUAACUAUAUUUCAAACUACACCUUCCCUGCUACGUUUGUUUGGUAAACAAAGCAUACAUGAUGACAUUUUGGGUAAAACAACAACUUUAAGAUGUUUAAUCUUAGGAGGGGAAGAUUUCCCUUCUAGUUUAGAACUGAAAACUUGGCUGCCUUUGGAUUUCCCUAUAUCUGGGAAAAGCAUAUACAAUAUUUAUGGUAUAACCGAGGUAUCCUGUUGGUCUAGCAUUUACGAAUUUGAUGUUAAUGACAAAUCUGAUCGUGUGCCCUUGGGUAAACCUUUAGAUGACUUUACUUUCUUUCGUGUAGUUGAUGAAUUUGGUAAUAUUUUGAACCAUAACGAUUGUAAAGGUGAACUUGAGAUUGGCAGUUCUAUUAGACGUUGCUUUAUACCACAGUCUGAUGAUAGUAUCAAGAUUAUUGAAUUAACUGAUACGUUGUAUCGUAAAGCUGGAGAUCUUGUAGAAUGUAAUAGUAAUGGACACUAUUAUUAUAUAGGACGUACGAAUAAUACCAUAAAACGUUUGGGAAAACGAUUGUGUUUGGAUUCAUUAAACAAAAAGGUUGAACAUAUUUUAAAUGAUAAAAAUAUGUCUUAUAAAGUAAUUUCCGUAUGGCACAAAGAAUCCACUAAACUUAUAUUUUACCUAGUAAACAGCAAUAAUGUGCCAAUCGAAGAAAAAAGCUCAAUUCUUAAAAUUUUUAAACAAAAUUUAGAAAAUCAUGAGCAACCCGAUAAAAUAUUUUACAGCAAUGAAUUGCCUUUAAAUCGUCAUGGUAAACUGGAUCGUAAAACGAUUUUAAAUCAAAUAUUGUCAACAAAACUAAAGCAAACUCUAACACCUUUAGAAAUAUUCAAAGAAUUUUUAACAAAUGUAAUGGGUUUCCAGCUAAAUGACCACGAAGAGAAGAAACUGAGUGAUUUAGAAACAGUUAAGCGUUUGAAAUUGUCUACAGAUAUAAGCUUUUUUAAGGCGGGUGGUACUUCAUUUCAGGCUUUAAGUUUAGCCACCGAAUUGGCCGAACAAAUGGAACAAAGUGAACAGCAACGUAUAAUAGUGGAAAUGUUGUUGGAUGAUACCAGUACAAUUGAAGAAAUCUUAAAAUUUCUUCUAAUGGUCACAAGAAAAUUAGAAAAUGAAAGCUGUGUGCUUGAAAGUUUACAAAAUAAUUUCACAAAUCUCAGUUUAAAGUUGCUAUGGCGUCAUGAUCUUAAAAAAUGCAUUGAUGCUGCACCCUCUUUAUACGAAGAUAGUAUGGUAGCAGUUGGUUCUCAUUCCCAUUUAUUAGUCACAGUAAAUGCCACAACUGGAACAGAAAUUUCCCGUUUGGAAUUAAACGAUCGCAUAGAAUGUCCGGUGGUAUUCGUUACACCACAACUGGCUUUAGUGGGUUGUUAUGAUGGUUUUUUAUAUGGCUUCAAUUUUAAUAAUGGCUCUGUAACGUGGAAGCUUAAUGUUAAGGGUAUGAUUAAAGCCAGACCAUUAGUUGUUAAGAAUAUGAUUAUUGUAGCAUCAUAUGCAGAGGAUUACAAUGUAGCGGCUUUUGAUUUGAAGUCUUUGACCUUAAUAUGGCGCUUAAAACUUGGCACCAAAGGAAUAUUUUCGUCUCCUGUGCAAAUUUCGGAGGAUUCAGUGUUAAUUUGUACAUUAGAUGGUACCUAUGCUUUAAUACAAGCUGAAACUGGUGUCAUUAAAUGGUGUCAAAAGCUAGAUACUCCCAUAUUUUCUACCCCAACAAAACUACAAACAUCAAACGAAUGUUUUCUAAUUUUGGCAGAAGUCAAGGGUCAAAUUUCUAUAUGCAAUGAAGAAAAUGGUGAAAAGUUGAAUGCUUUUCAAACCCAGGGCAAUGUAUUUUCCGGUAUUACUUUACAUCAUCCCCAUAAUGAAGACCAUACUUUUAUAAUAUUCGGUUGCCAUGACAAACAUGUUUAUUGUUUAGAUUUUCACCACCUAAGCAAAGAAUUGUGUUUAUUGUGGAAGUUUUCUUUAAAUGCUGCUGUGUAUUCUACACCUAUUGUUAUAUCAAAUCGUUUCGUAAUGUCCUGCUCUACUCAGGGAUUGAUGGUGUUAUUGGAUGCAGUUAAAGGGGCUUUAGUAGCAUCUUAUGACCUAAAAGCUGAAGUGUUUUCCACACCCAUUUGUUUAAAGGACUGCUACAUUUAUGUGGGUUCACGUGAUAAUUAUUUGUAUGCUUUUGAAUUAGAAAAAUAAAUAUUUAUUUAAACGAAUUUUAAAAAAGUACAUGCUAUUUAAUGUUACACUAUAAUUAAUUAUUUUAACUUAAAGAUUUAAAGUUGUUU